GCAUGAAAACAUCGUUGCCCUGGAAGAUAUUUAUGAAAGUCCAAAUCACCUAUACUUGGUCAUGCAGCUUGUAUCUGGUGGAGAACUCUUUGAUCGGAUCGUGGAGAAGGGAUUUUACACCGAGAAAGAUGCCAGCACCCUGAUCCGCCAGGUGUUGGAUGCUGUGUACUAUCUCCACAGGAUGGGCAUCGUCCACAGGGACCUCAAGCCUGAAAAUCUACUGUACUACAGUCAAGAGGAGGAGUCGAAAAUCAUGAUCAGUGACUUUGGAUUGUCAAAAAUGGAGGGUAAAGGAGAUGUCAUGUCCACAGCCUGUGGGACCCCAGGCUACGUCGCUCCUGAAGUCCUUGCCCAGAAACCUUACAGCAAAGCUGUUGAUUGUUGGUCCAUCGGAGUGAUUGCCUACAUAUUGCUCUGUGGCUACCCUCCUUUCUACGACGAAAAUGACUCCAAACUCUUUGAGCAGAUCCUCAAGGCAGAAUAUGAGUUCGACUCCCCCUACUGGGAUGACAUCUCCGACUCGGCUAAAGACUUCAUUCGGAAUCUGAUGGAGAAAGAUCCAAAUAAAAGAUACACGUGUGAGCAGGCAGCUCGGCACCCAUGGAUCGCGGGUGACACGGCCCUCAACAAAAACAUCCACGAGUCUGUCAGCGCCCAGAUCCGGAAGAACUUCGCCAAAAGCAAAUGGAGACAAGCCUUCAACGCCACCGCCGUGGUGAGACAUAUGAGAAAACUCCACCUUGGCAGCAGCCUCGACAGCUCGAAUGCAAGCGUUUCCGGCAGCCUCAGUUUGGCCAGCCAAAAAGACUGCCUGACUUCUUCCACCCUCUGUAGUUUCAUUUCCUCCUCAUCCGGGGUCUCAGGAGUUGGAGCUGAGAGGAGACCGAGGCCCACCACUGUGACCACAGUGCAUUCUGGCAGCAAGUGACUGGCUCUGGAGGUGGGGUCCAGGAGGCAGGUCCCCAAGGGGUGGGACCUGGGGAUGAAGCCUCAGGAGGGGCAGGGGAAAGGGUGCCCCCAGGGCUGCCGGUGCCAAGAGCCCCUCCAGAGAGAUCUCACCUUGCAUGGUGCACCUUCCUGCACAGGACUGGAAGACAGAAGAUUUUUUAUGGCCAUAUUUUAUACUGCAAUUCUGAAGUGUUCAUUUCUCACAAACUGUCCUGACUCACGGGGAGCUGAUUUAAUAGGAUCUGGUGCUGUACAUACGAACCUUGCGAAGCUGUAACUGAACCGACCUUCUUCUUUCUAUUCCUUGCCCCAGCGCCCUGUCAUUUCCCACCCUUUGCAGUAUAGGGCACCAUCUAUCUGUGUUGCAUUUUUUUUUCCUUCAUAACAAUAACAACAACAAAAAGGUUUCAACUGGAUUAUUUAAAUAUUAGUAAAUAUUGUGCAUUAGGCUUUUUCUUUUUUCUUCAGAAGUGUGUCCUUUCUAGUUACAUCUCUCUUUUGUUCUUCAAUAAGUAGAGAUUUUUGUUGACCCCUUCAAAGGUUCUUUCCCCUCUAAGGGGGGGACUGAAAAGUAUUUCAGAUGCUCAAUCUGUCUCCACGACUAAGGGUGCACGUUAUGUGACCCUCAUUCUCUUCUCCUCCCCUUUCUUGGGAGACCCCACUCUAGGAAAACUGUGGGACUCUCUUCUAGCAGGAAGUCUUUGCAGGGGGAGGUACCUCCCCAAACUCUUCCUAACAGCACCUCCACAAGACAGCCCCGGCCACCAAGAGACCCGAGUGGCCGCAAGUCAUCAGUGGUCAGAAGUAAACCUGCUCUUCCCCCCCACCCCGCGCCCGCAAAGCAAAGCUUCCAGAGCCUCCUGGGCCAAAGGGAGGGCCGCCAUUGUGUUUCUGGGGAUCUUCCUGUCAGCACCCAUUUCUCCUGACGGAGCCCCACGGACGGGAGCUCGGCUCUCAGGCUAUGCAGUCUUCAAACUAACCUCUCUUUCGCUCUUUGUGAAAACGCAUUUCUAACCUAACAAAAUUGCCUCCAGCUCACACGAGGUUUUGAUUCUGUUUUGUUUUGUUUUUCCCCCUCCCAACAUUGGUUCCAUUCUUAAUAGGGAUGCUGAGGGGUGGGGAGAUGGCUUUGUAAGAGAAUCCAUUGGUUUGAGGGCCGGCCUUCUUGCAAGCAAGCAGGAUGUAGGCCGUCAGAGAUGACAGGGAGCCCCGAGACAGGACCCGUGGGGCCAGAAACUAGCCCAGGAGCAGGGAAACCUUAAACCAAAGACCUGGGGUGGAAGGAUCUCGAACCAGCAUGGUUUGCUCCGGACUGAAGGAUUUGCCAUGACAACAGACUUUGACUGCUAAAAUCAGAAGGGUCCCCCCAAAAUCAGACCAGGUCAUGCUAGAGCGGGCAGGUUUGUGACACCCAGGGCAACCCCCAUUGUCUAGGAGGCUUCCACAAUUGGCUCUUGUCAAACCAAAGAAGUGGCUCCAGGUGCCACCUUGGAAAAAGCCCUCCCUCCACUCCCAAGCCCUCCCACCUUCCUCUGGACCCGCACGCCCAUCCACCCCAUUCGCCAGGAGCCUGCGGAGGGUCUCAGGAGCCCUGCCAGAUGCUGCUCUUUGGUCUCGGGGCUGCGUUCCCUGGCUGUGCCCCUCUCCUUCAGGUGGCCAAACCAUCUGCAUCACUGUCAGCCCCUUUGCGGAUGCCCGGAAGGUUUUCGCAGUGUUCUGCCCACCCCCCUACGCAGCGCAGUGCUCUGAGGUUCAGCAGCUAUAAUGCAGAUAAUGGUGACAGUACUAGUGUGUGCGAGUGCAGUGUAGACCAUGCAGCUGGUCCAUGCCUGCGUUAGAGGCACACCAUGGCUUGGCAAGAGUCAUGCCUGCCGUUUACCACACACCCACACAGAGGGAAAAAAGGCAAGCUACGACCCUGGGAGAUGUAUAAAAAGCCUGGAGCCAAUGAUGAAAUGACAAGAGGCCCAGUUAAUCACCAGGCAUCACCAAAGUUGGAUAGGCAACAACCCCUCAUGUCCAGAAAGACAACGGCAUGAAUAUUAUAAAGAAUAUUUGGGAAAUAAUCAAGAAAACAGAAUCUCUCCAGGAGGUGCAUUAAACUGCCCAUGAUGAACAAGUGUAAUGGGAAAACAUUCAUGCCUAUAAAGUAUCAUUUGGUGGGGGGGGGCAUAAAUAGAGUCUUGCAAGGAGUGAUGGUUUUUCUGAAUGUGCACCUGAUAAGGCAUCACUGUUGUGUGCUAUACACCAUCAUUUGCAUUUAGAAAGCACCAUAUGAAGCCAAAUUCUAUUACUGGUGAGAAAAAUAUUUUCUGGAGCUAAUAUACAGGGUGCAUGAUAUGUGCAUUCAUUUGAAAGGAUGCCUUUCCUGCAAAGGCACAGAGCAGGGGCAACGUGCUCCUUAGCAGUGAGACCUCUUAGCAGUGAGAGGUCCGUCCUUGGCCAUGCUCCGGUGCACCAUCACACAUCAGCCUCUGUAGUACAGCCCCAGGAAACGGAGACUGGUUUCAGACUGAUAGGAGACUCUAUGUCUUAUGACAAAACAGAAGGAGAACCCAGCAUGCUCUUUCAUUGAGACCUGACAAAUGGGAUGGCAUAGAUCUAGGACCCUAACUGAUGUCAAGUUCAACAGAUGCUAGCAGACCGUUUAACUAGGUGCCAUCAGGCUAGACUGGCCUUUGAAGCCAAUGAGUUGGCUAAGCUCGAGGUAGACCUACCACGGGCAUCUUUCCUAACCCUAGGCCCCACAUCAGGUCUCUUCACCUUUUCAAAGCAAGGAACUUUUUUUCCCCCUCCCUUGAGUAUUAAAUUUGGAAACAGUGUUCCCUAGAGUUUGCAGUGGCCAAAAUAUUUUGGAAGUAAAUCCCCAGGCCUUCAUCGCAGGGGCCUCUGGGCGAACUCAAAGCUCCCACUUGUCAGUCGCAGCCCAGCACCUUCACCUGACCCUGGACAUCCCUUGGGAAAAGAGGCGGCUUCACAGCUGGAUAGAUGGUGGAGAGCCCCAGGAGUGCAUGUGGCCUUUGCAGUGGCUGAUGGGUGGCACUCUCAACUUCCUACAUCCCCUGGCGCUACAGAACAGAAAGGAUAAUCUCCUUUUUUAAAAGAAAAUGACACAGAAAUUCCCUCCUCCCCCCCACCCCCCAAAACAGGCAUGAUCGAAUGUUCUUGACCUUGGCAGCCAUUCUGGUCAGUUCUGAAGCCUCAGCACAGGACAGGGCCCGGCCGUAACCUGGCGUCAGAGACGCUUUGAAAGCAUCCCUAGGAGUGCUUCCAGCUUUUGGUGCAGGGGACUCAGUACUGGUCUUAGAGCCAAAGAAGAUGCACUGUGUAGAAAUCAAAUCGGUGGCCGUUCAAUCCAAGGGUUUUGCGGCAUUGAGCGCAGACUCAGUUGACCUACACAGCAUUCAUCCGUCCUGCCUAUUUGUCUACCUUGGUGUCCAGCCAAGGAUGGACUGUGGGUGUUGGAGGGUGAGUCUCCUUUAGAACAAAGGCCCAGAUUCCCUCUUUUGGAAAGGAGGUUGACCUCCUCUCUGGUGAAUGACAGGCUAGUCUGAUGAGCCCACUGGGAUUGGAUGCUCAUGAGCAGUUGUAAACACAAAGUCCAUCCCUCCGUGGAGGUACGGUCAGUGUCUAAUGGCUUUGGGCAUCUUCGACCCUUUUCCACCCUGAGCCUUGGCCGUUAUUGACUCCUCGAACACUGCUCCAGGGCAGAAGGCCUCUCGGUUUCCCCAGCAGCGUGCCCUCCUUGGCGUGACUCUCACCCGAGCUUCACAAGAAUUCCUUUGGAAUCUGUGAGCACAAUGCCAGGGCGGGCCGAGGGCCGCUCCUCCAUUCCCCACAAACAGGAAUCAGACGGACUCUUUCCCAGGUUUGCAAACUCACUUCUGGCGACGGAAAUGAAGGUCCUCUGAUCCCACUCAUGCAUGCCACCUUUGCAUGUUACUGACCAGUAUUACUUCCACCGCUGCCUACGGACAUUCGGAAAAGCCUGCCUUUUCCCGAAACACAUUCCAGACCACACACUGUUCAGUUGGUUUCCGAAAUUUAAAAAAAUGUAUAUAUCUGUAUGUAAUUCACCACUCUUUCAGGGGGCACCUGGUCCUGGAUUGGGGCUGGAAGUAUACCAACCAUUUGAGAGGGGUGGGAGAAAAUGUUCUCUAAAGCUCUCAAUAUUCAGAAUGGAAACGGUUGAGAUAGAAACACUGAAUUGGAAAAAUAGAUUCCUAUUUUUUUUUUUACAAAAAGGAAUUAGUUUCUUGAAGGUUCCAUGGAAAUUAGUAGGUGGAUGAGUGAGCUAGAAACUGUGAGCUAGGACUGUGGGCAGCAGGCAGUUCUGAGGGAGAGGAGAGAAAACGGUCCAGGCCCACACUGGUUCACCAGAUGCCCUCCCUUUAUCCUGCCCGUCAUUAUCUGCAGCUUGUGCCUGCCCCAGCGCGUCAGGGCAUGCGCAGGAGCCCAGCCCUGCGAUGCAGGGGGCUUGGCCAGUGGGUGAAGGCCAGCCUCUCCCUGCGCACAGCAUCAGCAGCCGCUGCGCCCCUGAGCAUGGGGCAAGGAGCCUGCCGUUCCCAGACCCCCUGCCACCUGCGUCCAAAAGCAGCCCCACUUGUGACUCUGGGGGUCUCCACUUCAGCCAACCCAGAGGCUGCCCAUGUGGCUGCCCAGCCCUCAGCAUGUGGCUGCCCAGCCUGGUUUUGUUUUGUGGACAAAAGCAAACUGCGGAAUGGCUUCGGUUUCUGUGUCUUCCUGUAUACCCAAGGGACAAACUGCCCAUUCACCCUUUGUCCUAAUGCCGCUUCUGCGUUUGCCAUAUACGUUUUCAACCUUUUUUUUGUCUCCGGGGGACUUCUCAUCGGGUUCUGGUGUCUUCUGACUUUUUCCCAUAUGAUUUUACAGACAGGUGAUUUUAUUUUCUUAUGGACAGAAAAAAAGAAAAGGGAGCAGUCUGUGGGAGGCUCUAGUUGUAGCGUUCAGGCACCCCAGGGCUCAGCACCCUCAAACAGUACGUGCUUCGUAAAGGAAAAAGCCGGGACAGACUGAGCUGCCUGGCCUCUGGGGAGCCCUGCACUUGGGGAGCAGAGCUUGUGGCCAGAAAGAGAGGGCGCUAAAGAAGGGCCAGGAGUCAGUUCAAAGGUUCUCCGUGUGGGCGCAGCACUGAAGUCCAUACCCGCCUACCCACAGGCACCGGGGCUUUUGAGAAGUGGCCCAAGAUGUGGUGUGUUUCACAGAACAUCGGUCUGCCCCAUGGUCUGGUUGGGCGAUGUAACAGGUACACUCUGUCCAGAGUCCCAAGGACCCAUUUCUAAAUUGGCUUCCAUCACUGCACACAAAGUCCUGGCCCCCUUUCUGCCCCCAUGCCCCCCAAACAGUGAGCAUGUUUUACAAAAGCUUACAGCGUCGAACCCAGGAAUGCCCCUGUGUCUGUUAUUACCAGGCUUGCGACUGGUCCAGUUGUUCCCAUAAAAACAUGCUUGGCCCAAAGAAGGGAAACUGUGCAUUUAUUCCAUGCAUGUAAUAAACUCGUGCAAGCAACUUAACCCCCAUAGGUUUGCGACACUGCAAAAUUGUUAAUGGGCCUAUAUAGCAAAUGAUUCUCUGCCUUGACAAUCAUGUACACAUAUCAAGAUUUCUAUCAUAAUGAUAAUGAGAUGGAUGCCUUCUUGUUUUCCUCCAAUAAAGACAAUUAAUCACCUUCA